GAUAGAGAAAAAAAAGGAUAUCCCACUGGUGAAGAAGAAAAUAGAGAUAGUGAGACAGAAGACGAAGACGAGACACAUUCAGGAGAAAGGGGAUCUCUGGACUGACUAUUCCUCAGCAUCCCAGAGACCCCAUUCAAAAUGUAUAGGUCUACGAAGGGUGCCUCCAAAGCCAGAAGAGACCAGAUCAACGCUGAGAUACGAAAUUUGAAAGAUCUUCUUCCUAUCUCUGAAAGUGAUAAAGUCCGACUCUCUUACCUUCACAUCAUGUCCCUGGCUUGCAUAUACACCAGAAAAUCUGUUUUCUUCUCCAAAGGUCAACAGUUGAAUGAGCUAGAAGGUCUCCUUUCCAGCCAAGAAAUAAUGGAUUUUAUUCACACUCUCCCUGGAUUCCUGCUGACAUAUACUAGUGAAGGAAAACUGAUCUACGUGUCUGAAAACGUGACGGACCAUUUAGGACAUUCAAUGGUUGAUUUGGUUGCUCAAGGAGACAGCAUCUAUGACAUAAUUGACCCUUCUGACCACUUUGUCAUGAGAAACCAGCUUGCCAUGCCAUCAUCUCUUGAUACUGAGCGGAUGUUUAGAUGCCGAUUCAACACGUCAAAGACAGCCAGAAGGCAGAGUGCAGGAAACAAACUUGUUUUGAUCAGAGGGAGGUUUCAGCAGCCACCACCUGGUACCUAUUGGUCAUCAAACCCAGUCUUCACGGCUUUCUGCAUUCCUUUGGAUCCAAAGCCCAGGGUUACUCAAAAUCAUUUCUUGGUGGACUUCUUUGAGAGCAGACAUGCAAAGGACCUUUCAGUGCUGGAUGUGCAAGAGAGCUCACUGCUCCACUUAGGCUAUGAGAAAAGCGAUCUAAUCUGCAAGUCGUGGUACAAUUUAAUUCACCCCGAAGAUCUCACUCAACUGUCCACACAGCAUUACAGACUAUUAAAUGAGUCUGGUGAAGCAAAAGCGGAAGUUGUGUUACGUCUACAGAGAAGUGACCAGCAGUGGACCUGGAUGUAUUCACUCCUGUUACUGGAGAACACUGAGGCCACUAUCAUAUCUUACAACUACAUAAUUAGUGAGACUGAAGCAUGGUGCUUAAGACAGCAGCUGUCAUCAGAGGAGACACCACUUCCGUUCUCUACAGGAGGUACCCCCUCCUUACAGGACACCCUCCUGUCUCCUGGAGACAUUUCAAGUCCAGACCAGGUGUUCACCCCAUUGCCAAAUACACCUACAAGCAUUGGACAAUCCUUUGAGUUUACUGAGGCUCUGUCGGUCAGCCCGGAAGACCCAAUCCUGUGCCAAAGUACUGCCCCACUUAUGGAAGACACAGCUGCCAGUGAAGGGCAGGCAGAAAAUCAAUCUCUUUUUACGCUUUUUCAACCUGCACAUAUGGGCUUCACAAGAGAUCAACUUGGGGCCGUUGCCUCCAAAGAAUUCACCUGUACUCCUCCUUAUACGCCACACCAAAAUUUAUCUUUCCUAUUUGGGGCUUCUGAAGGUGCCCCUCAAGCAACAAGUAGUCAAGAUUCCACUACACUUACCCCAGAAAUGUAUUACUCUUACUGCAGCUCCCUCUAUGAGAAGCUGCCCCCAACCCCAGACAGCCCAGGGGAUGGUGGUGAUUGCACAGUCAUGACAGUACCUGAAAUUCCUGGUCCCUUAUUUGUGGACUUGCCAAUGCUUCCAGAAGGUUUAGUAACACCAGAGACCUCGCCUAUCAACCAAGCAAUCUUCAGGUAUUCAGAACAAGAGAAAAGUGAGAUUGACCUCUUGGUCAAGCAAAUAGGUUCAUUGGCCAAUGUCUUUAACAAUGAUAUCACCAAGGACAUCACCUGCUCUGAUAGCAUGAUGGUGGGUGGCCAUGGACUGGCAUGCCGAAGUGUCUCCCUCCCUGCCAGUCUUCCAGAUGCUGAUGUCUCCCUUCAUUUACCUCGAUCCUGGAAAAGCAUUGAUCUGUCUCUAUUCUUGAUGUGUCAAGAGCAACCCCUCCCAGCCGGUAGCCAUCCGGUUUGCAGCCUUUUUAAAGACUAUCCUGAUUCACCACCCUUUGUAGCCAGAGAGUCUCCUUGCAUUCCCCUGGAUGAAGAUGAAGUAGGAGGGAACCUCUCCGUAUCUCCAUCCAUAACUUCGAAUGUGACGACUGAUCUGUCGCCAGAAGAAUGUAACUUCCUAGAGGAACUGAUGUCCUACAAAACAGACCUUGAGGCAGGUGCCUCAGAGAUUCCAUGUGACCGGUUUAAUGAUGAGUUGUAUCAACUCCAGAUUCAGCUACAAGACGGCUUCCAGCAAGAUGGAAGUGGAAAACCUUCGUUUUGAAAUAAGUCUGUGACUUACUUCGAUAUGUAUGGCAUAUUGUCAUAUCCUGAGCAGAUUUUUUUCUGCCUUAUAAAGAACAAAACACACAAGAUGGGGGAGAAAACACGACUUUCUGUGUCGUAUAUCUCCCUACUCAUUGCUAAAUUGUUUCGUUCCCUUUUUCUCUUUCGUUCCUCUACUCUCUUUUUCUGGAUUUAGUGCACGUUUACAUGAUACAGAUCGAUAUAUCGUUUUAUUUUUCAUUUAUAAUAAUGAAAAGCAAUGGCCCAUCCUCACAGAUCUAUCGUUUCAUAAAGGGAAACAAGACAAUAUAUUAAAAAAAAUUAUAUAUAUUAUUAUAUAUAAUCAAAAUACAACUAAAAUCAUAAGGUGCAAUUAAUGACAUUUGGACAAUCAAAAUCUUCCUCUUUCCUUAUGUAACCUGAGUUUCCUUUUAAAGCAUAAGUCAUAAUUUAAAUGUCAAUAGUAGGAUGGGCCAUUGUUCCGAAGACGCAACUUUUGUACAACAAAUAUGUCUAUUUAUACAAAAAGGGUUUGAAGAA